AUGGGCAGCCCAAAUUACACCUUCCAAGGCUGGCUGGGCAAGGGCCCGGACUCAGUCGAGGGCAAGAUGGUGUGGGAGCAGUACGAGCCAAAGACCUGGUCCGAGUCGGACGUCGACAUAAAGAUCACCCACUGCGGCAUCUGCGGCAGCGACAUCCACACCCUCCGCUCCGGCUGGGGCCCAACCCUCUACCCAUGCUGCGUCGGCCACGAAAUCGUGGGCCACGCCGUCCGCGUUGGCAAGGACGUCAAGAAGGAUAUCAAGGUGGGCGAUCGCGUUGGAAUCGGCGCACAGAACUCCUCUUGUCUUCGCCCUGACUGCGAGGAGUGCGCUGCGGGUAUGGAGAAUCAUUGCCGGCGCAUGGUUGGAACAUACAACGGGAAGUAUCCCGACGGCAGCAAGAGCUACGGUGGAUACGCCGACUAUGCACGCGCGCCGAGCCACUUCGUCUUCAAGAUCCCCGAUGCGAUUCCCAGCGCUGAGGCGGCGCCGAUGCUGUGCGGCGGCAUAACGGUGUACUCGCCGCUGAAGAAGAACGGGUGCGGGCCGGGCAAGAAAGUCGGCAUCGUAGGCAUCGGCGGCCUCGGUCACUUCGGACUGCUCUUCGCCAAAGCGCUAGGCGCCGACAAGGUGGUUGCUAUUUCCCGAACGAGCGCCAAGAAAGAGGACGCGAAGAAGAUGGGUGCAGACGACUUCAUCGCCACGGACGAGGACAAGAAGUGGGCUAAGACGCACGCCCGCUCGCUCGAUCUCAUCGUCUCGACCGUCUCGAGCCCCAAGAUGCCGCUCAUGGACUAUCUAAGCCUGUUGAGGACAAACGGCCAGUUCAUCCAGGUCGGCGCGCCGGAGGACCCGAUCCCGGCGUUCAGCGCUUUUGCGCUCAUUGGGAAGGGCGUCAAGAUUGGAGGGUCUAUGAUUGGCGCGCCACACGAGAUCGAUGAGAUGCUGCAGCUGGCUGCGGAGAAGGGUGUCAAGCCGUGGAUUCAGGAGAGGCCGUUGAAGGACGCGAAUCAGGCUGUUGUGGAUAUGGAUGCCGGCAAGGCGAGGUAUCGGAUUUGCUUGGUUAAUGAGGCUCAUGCCAAGUUAUAG